UACAAGAGAAGAGAGAGGGGAAAGCUUGUCUCGCAAUAUUCCUUGAAGGAUCUCGAAGGAAUUCUUGUUAAAAAGGGUGACAUAUCUGGGGUUACUGAUAAUUCUGAUGGUGAGCUGGACAUGUUGAAGUCAUCUGAAAUUCACAAUUUUCAAGUUGAAGAAAGCAAAUAUCCUGCUAUACCUCCAGAGUGGUGGGGCUAUAAGUAUGGUUUUGUCUCUGGUGGAUUUCUAGGAGCUGAAUUGAAAAAGAAAAGGUCUAUGACAUCUGAAACUGUAAAAAAUAGGGCAGAGAGAACUGCUUUUCAUGAAGAGGAUCAAGAGAACCUUUAUAAUCUAGUCCAGGAGAAAUCCACAACGGGGAAGCAAGGACUAGGGAUCAAGGACAGACCCAAGAAAGUAGCUGGUUGCUAUUAUCAGGGGAAAAAGACAUCCUUUGAUGAUAGUGAUGAAGAUUCUGCUGACACGGAUUCCCUUGAAAAACAAGCCCAUAAUGACUUGGUUAAAUUAGAAAAGAUCGUUGAAUGCAAAGUGAAGCUGAAAAAGUUGUGCAAAAAGAUUUUACUGCAGGUGCCUGGAGAAUCGUUGAAACUGAAACAGCUCAAAGUUAUUAUUGAUGAACAUUCAUCUUCGGUUUUGUCGGGCUUUUCUUCAAAAAGAGAGGCUAUUGCUUACUUACGGCAAAAGCUGACAGGUAGCAGGAAGUUCUGUAUCGAAGGCAAAAGAGUGCGAUUGUCAUCAAAGAAAAGCUGAUUUUUGAUACGUCUUUUUCUUGUCCUUUCUAAUUCAUUAUAUUUAUUGGGAGAGAAAGGGUUUAGGUAGCUUUUCAUUGGUUAGUUUUAUCAACGUAUGUUGUAUUAAUUAAAUAGCAUUUUAUGAAAUUUAAUUUACAUUGUGUUGCGAGUUUAAAAAUGUGUAAGCGAGAGCGUGUGUAACCGGAUUCCAUAGUAAAAUAAUGUAAUGCACUCAUCAUAGCGAUGGAUGAACAUGGAAAUGUCAACCGGGGUUCCUUUUGGUUCAUA